CUUAUACAACUAUAGGUAAUAUUUUAGAUACUUUUCAUAUAAAUGCAUCUGACAACUUAUUAUCACCUAUUCCUUGUCAACGUUGUCCCUGAACUAUAAUACAACUGUUGAGCCACAAGCUUCUCGUCCAUGGAGACCUGAUGACAAUGUUAUAAUUAUUAACAAUUUGUUUUUUGAUAAUUAGAAUAAAUGUGUAGGAUUACACCCAGAUCUCAUUGACGUGCUCCUAGAAGAAACACCGAUGGAUUUUUAUAACUGUAUUGUUAGUGAUAAAUGAUGAUGUAAUACAGAAGAUUGUUGUGGAAACUAAUUCAUUUGCAGCUCAAGAGAUGUUUUCAAAAAGUGAUAUUGUAUCACUACAUGCACGUAUUAAAAAAUGGUAUGUCACUGACCCAUAUGAGAUCGAAGAUUUUUUUAGUCUGUUAAUUUGGUCAGGAUUGGUCUCACUCCCUUCAUAUGAGUUAUAUUGGAGCACAUCAGAUGGCAAAAAAAAAAAAAGCAAACGUCCUUAUACUAAAAUACAACCAGACCGUUCUAACACCGAAACUGUCAGUUAUCAAAAAUUGGUUGUACCAAAGCGUAUGCAUAGUCCCUAUUGGAAGUAUUUUGGGUUUCCAGCGUCAGACAGUGGUACUAUACUUACUCAAGAUAGGAUUAUAUGCAUACUUUGUAAAAAGCAGUUUGCUUAUAAAAGUAAUACUACCAACUUGAGAGUACACUUACAAAGCAGACAUAAGACUGAACUAAUGGUAUUGGAAAUGGGGUCCUCAAAAGAUGGAAGCCCAAAAAAAAGGCAUGGCAAAAAUGAACUUAUGUUAUUAGCUACUUCUGAAGGCCAAGUGGAUGUAAAUAGGUCAAACUGCAGGAUAAAACAACAGGAUGUAUACAUACAAGGAGAAAUUAAUGAACAGUUUGUUGGGGAAAAUGUUGCUAAUAUCCAAGAACAAACUCCUCAGAUGUCGGUUAUUUUUCAAGAUAUUGAUAAUUCAUCAAAUGAUGUGAUCAAUAAACUUGUAUCAGAUGCAAUUACUGAAUUUGUUAUAACUGAUCUUCAUUUACCAGAUAUUGUAGAAGGUAAGGGUUUUCAACGUCUUAUUGCUACAUUAAGGUCUCCAUGUGAAAUUCCAGGAAAAUAUAAAUUAGAACAGUACAUAAUACCAAGAAUUUAUGAAACUACCAGAUCCACCGUUCUUAAUAGUAUUUCAAACAGUUGCAGCACUUUUGCAUUAGGUAUAGAAGAAUGGAAAUGUUCUAGCUUAAAUGUUUAUAUUACAAUAAGUGUAUUUUUCCAACAGUUGGACAAAGAAGGUUUAUGUAUUAAACAACUAGCCACAAUUUUAUGUAAUCCUAACAGAACUGCUAAUGAAUGGUGUGGAAUAUUGGGUUCAUUGUUUAUAAAUUGGAACAUUAAUAUUGAUCAAGUAAAAACUGUCAUCAAAGCAUUUACAAAUAAUAAUUUAGAUGCAGCGUUGAGAACUCAAGGUUUUGUUUUGAUACCUUGCCUAAUUUAUGAAUUACAAAAUUUAUGUACCAAAAGUUGUUUUGAAACUGAAGAAGUAUUAAAUGUUUUAACAAAAUGUAGAACAGUUUCUGCUAAACUACAUCACCAUAAUGCUUUAACAUCUGUCACAGUUCAGGAUAAUGUUGUUCAAGUAUUUAAUUCAUUUCUUAGUAGAGAAUACCCACAAAUUUGGACAACUACUUACCACUAUUUAGAACGUUUUGUUCAACGGAAAGAGACCAUAAAAAGUUUAUGCAAUACCUUGGACAUUGGAUUUUUUCCACAUGAGUUGUUAACUGAUAAAGACUGGUCAGUUAUUGAAGAUGUUGUUACAACUCUCGAGCCUUUAAAAGUUACUGUUACUACUCUUAGCGAAGAAAAGAUACCAUUGAUAUCAUUAUUAAAACCUUUAAUUAAUCAGUUAACAAGCCACCAUCUGAAAGUAAAACCCAAUGAUUCAAAUCUUGCUGCCAGUUUAAAAAAUACGUUUGCCAACGAACUUCACUGGAAGUAUAAUAAUAUUGAUGUUCAAACAUUUUUACACAUAGCAACAUUAUUAGAUCCAAGAUUCAAAGAUUUUCCUAUGACUGAAGGCGAAGAACAUCUUCCAACAAUAAAACAAGAAUUAGUAAAAAUGGUUGAAACCGAAGGUUCUGUGCCUUAUGAUACUAAAUCAAAUGUGACAGAAAUUGACCCAGAUGUGUCUAAAAAACCUAGAAUUUCAGGUAUUGGAUUCUUGCUUGGAAGUGUUGCUAAUGUAAAAAGUUCUCCUAUUGUUAAUAAACAUAAUAUGUCACUUGAAGAUAGACUUAAUUUAGAAAUUGCUCAGUAUGAAUCUGAGCGAACUCCUUGUCUUGAAGAGUGUCCACUUAUGUGGUGGUCUCGAAUGUCAUCAAAAUGUCAAAAUCUCAUAAGGCUUGCAAGAAAACACUUUGUAUAUGCUCUUAGUGGAUCAUCUAGUAAAUUACCCCUAGAGUUGCAAACUCUGUAUUAUAUUAAAAGAUCACAAAUAAACCAAGAUCUAGUAGAUAAAAUGCUGUUUAUUAAUGCAAACACAGUUGAAAAUAAUUGUUCAUAAAAAAGUUAUUUAUUUAAACUAAAAGACGAGAAUUCUUUUACAUUUUACUCCCCCUACUAACAUUUAAUAGGUAAUAUAUAUCAUUUUAAUUAUAACAUUUAUUGUUUUACUAUUAAGGUUUUAUUUUUAUAUAUUAUAAUUAUGACUUUAUAAGUGAUACAUUACAUUUCAUACUUUUUCAACUGUAGCUAAUUUCUCUGACUAUUCAUUAAGUUGCAUUUGUUAAAUUUAAAAUGUUUUAUGUAUUCUAUUCGUGCUAAUAUGAUAUUAUAAUAUGAAUAAUUGAUAAAUAUUGCCUUUUCCAUUUUAUUUUUUAUUAGUCUGUAACAUGUAUAAAUAUAAAGUAGUUAUUGAAAUAACUAAUUAGUUGUAUUUGUAAAUAAAUAUUUAUGUUUGUAUAAAUUAUUUAAUUUAAAUUUGCAAAAAUAACAAUAAAAAUUGAACUGAGAUUUGAA